UGAAAGCGUAGAAGAAGAGAGUUUUAAAUUGUCGAUCUUUUACCUGCUUUUCUUUGAUUUAAUCUUUUUCCCUCCCCAAUUGAUAUCUUGUUAUCCAGCACUCAAGCAAGUGUUUUUCGGCGCAGUUCAUCGCUGUCCGCCAUGCUAUAUACACGCUUUGUGAACUCGUUGAAUUGCUAAGGAAGUACCAUAUGGGAGUUGUUGUUCCCUCAACGUGGAGGACGGCAGGGAGGAACUUCCCUCAAGACACCAGUAGGAUUUCACCUGUGGAUUCAACGGCUCCUCCCUGAGAGAAAACAUUCCAAGAGAGAACUCGGCUCCAGGACCCGCCGAGUCUCCAGUCUGUGUCCAACCCCCAGCACCCCACGCUUGCUUGGACCAGGACGUUCUGUGAAGUUCUAGAGGGAUUUAGACGAGAGAAGAAUGAAGCUGGUGUUGAUUUUGCUGGCGUCCACUAGCUGGACGCUGUGCACGUCUCAGUUCUACGACCAGGCCCUGAUGGACUAUGUGGAGAACCGGCUGUUGGCUAUGGAGGGCCACGUGCACCUUUGGCAGGAGCAGUUGCGUCAGCACCACGGGGAGCUGCAGGACUUCCACAAACAGUCCAACAGGACCCUGGAGGCCCUGAGGCGGCAGCACGCUGCGCUGUCCGAAGACAUGGCGGAGGCGGCAGCCCGCGUGGAGCGCGUGGAACGAGACCUGUACUCGGUGGAGAGCCGGACGUCCCCGAGGGCCUGCGCUAACCAGGCGGAGCGUGUGGUGGAGCAGGGGGUGUGGAGCCAGGAGGAGAGCCGAGAAGACCGGGAUGGGGGCUGGGAGGAGAUUCCCUCCAGAGUGUCUGACUGCGUGGAGAUCCCCUCUUCCAUCCGCUCGGCGAAGAUCCUGAAGCGGGUGGGCGCCCCCAAGGGUGUGUGGCUGCGAGACCCCAGGUCGUCCAAGGUUUACGUGUUUAACGGGACGUCAGGGGACACCGUCUACCGGUUUGAGUCGGUGAAGGAGUUCGGAGGGUCUGCUGGGGGUGCCCUGGGCCGACCCAUCAGGCUGCCCUCUCACUGGAGGGGGAGCGGUGUGGCUGUUUACAACGGGUAUCUGUAUUACAUCCAGCAGGGGGCGGACGUGCAGGUGGUCAAGUACGACACCCUGAGGGGCGAGCCGGUGGACACGGCCAUCCUCCCUGUGGAUAGUCGCUCUGUCGUUUACAGCCUCAACCCGGAGACGCUGGCUGACAUCGCAGUGGACGACCACGGCCUGUGGCUUCUUUACGCCGAAGGCGAGAGCGAGCCCAACAUAAACCUGGCCAAGGUGGACCCCGUCACGUUGGACAUCGAGCAAAUCUGGGACACCCACUGCCCCAGGGACAAGUCGGAGGCGGCGUUUGUGGCGUGUGGGAUGGUCUAUGUGGUUUACAACACUCUGCCAGCGAGUCGCUCGCGUGUCCAGUGUGUCUUUGACGUCAACGACAAGGUGGCGAGCGAGGAGGCGCCGCUCUUCUUCUUCCCCCGACGCUACGGAGCCCACGCCAGUCUGAAGUACAACCCCGAGGAGAAACAGAUCUACAGCUGGGACGAUGGAUACCAAAUCAUCUACAGGCUGAACACCAAGAGGAAGCUCCCGGUUUGAAAAUGAAAAUACUUCAUCCGUCAAGGAAGAUCGUGGAAGUCAGGAAAAAUCCAUGCUAAGCUGGACGAAGACUCUUAACGAAAAAGACACAACCAGGCCUUCGCUAUUUACGCUCGACUAAAGCCUCCAUGUUUGCUUUACUGACAACUCUAAAAGGAUCUUCAAAAUAACUAUCUUCCAGUGACGCUUACGUUUCGUUGUCUUCAUUGAAGACGUGUACAUAGUAGGUUGGUGGAAACACUUGUUGGAGACCCUGAACUCUCUCCACGAGGUCCCUCUGUGUGUACAUGGCUUGGGUGUACUGACGGCUCUAAAAUUGUUUUACGCCAAGUUUGCUGAAUGGGACCAUUUGCAAUGUUUUUGAUGUUUUUGAACUCCUACAUUGUGUUCGUCGAAGACACCACAGAAUUUUGGACUUGGACCAAAACACAUAUACUGGCUUUGUGUAAAUUGUCUUUGUGAGUCGUGCUCGUUGGAGACUUGAAAAACACACGUUGGGUCCAUACGCAUUUACGGUAGACAAACGUCUUUGGUGGGUUUGCUGAACAUGGCUCAUCAUUUUCAGUUUUUCAUAACCUCAACGUUGUCUUCAUUGAAGAUCAUUUUUGAGGUCUACCAAAACACGUACGUUAGCUUCAUCUACAUUGUCUUUCUGUGUUGUGCUCAUCUGAGACUCUAAAUCAGGGGUCUCAAACACACGGCCCGCGGGCCAAAUGUGGCCCACAGGACACUAGUUUGAGGUCCCCGUCUUGAUAUGAAAGUUUAAUGUUAGUGAUAUGGAUACUGUAUGGUAUCAUGUACCCAGAAAAAAAUAUUAUGUUUGAUUAAUGUUGAUGUUAAAGGUUAAAUAACUGUUAAUAGUUACCCUCCCUAUCCGUGUGGAAGUGGUAAGUUUUUGGCUUUUUAAGUUUAAAGGAAAUAAC